AUGGCUUCUUCUAGCACUAAGAGAAACUAUCCGCGUCUACUCUACAGUAAAGGAAAAGCUCCUAGUCAGCAAAGGAGUAUGAGCUAUUAUAGCUAUUUGUCCAAUUUUCAAAUGGUAAGAGAGGGUGUGGGAUUUGAUGCAUGGGAGGCUGUAAAGAAGUCUGCAAUUGGCGUUUUUCCUAUGUUUUAUGAGCUCAAAUUCACAUGGUGUGCGAAGCUUGUCCAUUACCUUUUAACGAAUCAGCUUCAAGUGAAGAAGAAUUAUGAGAUAUGGUCGUUGAUUGAUUGGCAGCCCAUUCGUCUCUCUUUGGUUGAAUUUGGUGAGAUAACGGGAAUGAAUUGUGAACCGUUCCAAAAAGGGGAAAUUUGUGAUGUUGAUCAUACAGACUUCUGGAAAGAAAUGGGGGUUUCUACAGUUGUUGGUCCUAACUUGGUUCAGCUUCAGUCGGUAUUGGAAAGAUGCAAGUAUUGGAGUCUCGAGAAGAGGACAAUGGUUGGAUUGUUAUGUGUUCUUCAUCUUGGUGUCUAUGGAAUUGCUCCCUCAAGUCAUAUUCCGUUGGAGUGUGCGAAGAGAGUCCUUGAUUAUGAAGCUUUCCAAAGAUACCCGUGGGGUCGCGUAGCGUGUCAGAGUUUGAUAUACUCUGUUAAGUGUGCUGAUUACAGCACAAAGGAAUCAUAUACAAUGGCAGGGUUUAUUUUCAUCUUACAAAUAUGGGCAUAUGAGUCAGUUAUGGGCUUAGGAGAGCUUUACGGAAACAGAAUUGGUGGUGCAGAAGUGCCUCUUCUUUCAUGGAGUGGAUCCCGCAAGAGAUUCAAGUUCGAGGAGUUUGUUAGACAGGAGAAAGAGCACCAUGAAGAUAAGGUGCGUGUGAGACAUUUUACCACAGAACCAAAUGGACAGUAUACGCCUAAGUGGGAUGAUGAAGUUGAUGAUGGUGAUGUGAUAAACUUGGUUCUGGAUAUACGUAAUGAUUGUAUAAAUAGAGGAUUUUGGGAUGUCACAGAAGAAUCUCCAGCUACUACAAGGCUGAAGCGUCCUAAAUCUGUUCCCGAGACUGAUGGUCAGAGUUCUAAAAAGAAAAAAGGUGAUGAUACAAAAACUGUUGGGAUUGAAGAAAACACUAAUAGUCCAAGUAAAGAAGAAAUUCCAGUGAGCCAGCUUUACACUUUGAUGAAGACAUUGACAGGAAAACUGGAUAACAUAGAUACAUCGAUUGAAGCAAAGGUUGGUUCCCUUCUCGCUCCUAUAACUGAGAAGCUAGCAACAAUGGAGAAGGAACUUCAAAAGAUGAAACAAAAAGAGGCAGCUGAUGAGAGGAAAGAAGAUGCAAAUUCCAACGCUAACAAUAAUGAAAAUGCUGAAGUAAAUAGCAAAGAAAUGUCUUGGAUGGUGGAGAUGAAUUCCACAUCGCAGGAUGGUUUACCUUCUCAACGUGUUGUCAAAAAAGCAAAGAAGGCAAGCAAAAAAUGUGAAGAUAUGGGACUUGACAAGAAAAAGGUUUUUGAUAAGAAGGUUUUGAAAACCAAAAUUCAAGUGCCACAUUUACUUGAUAACGCCUCAGGGGAUGAAACAUGGUCUGAUCCAGUGCAGCGUGAAAAGGUUACAGAUCUUGGUGAUCAUUUAGAUGCCUUAGCAGCCAUGGCUAAAAAGCUAAAUAAGCCUACAUCUCCCACACCUUCGUCACCUCCGCAGAAGCGCCAAACUAAGCUGGCAUCAUCUCAGCUUUUUCCUUUCGUAGGAAACUCUACCGUGAAGCGCAUCAUCACAGGUGUGACACCGUCCGUCUCAGCAUAUGAUCCGUUUGCUGAUGUUGACGCUGAUAAAAUGAGGAAUUUACUGCACUUUUUACUGGAUGAUGAGAAGAACUCGGACAGGACAUCUACCCAUAGUACAGAGUUCUAUAAGGUGAUAAUAACCCCAAGAAAUAAGUGGCGUACAUAUAACUAUGGCUGGUUGAAUAACAUGCAUAUGUGGUCUGCGAUGCAUAUGUUCUAUAAGAGAUCACUUUGUGAUCCUUCACCAUACCAUUCUCAGCGCAUUGCUUUUUUGGAUCAGUGGGUUGUCACCAAAAUUGUCAGUGAUUUUAAAGAGUUUAAUACGAAGACUUGGAAACCUACAGAUACAUAUAAGGGUAUCUUCAACGGCACGUAUCCAUCUGACCGAGUCACAAACAAGAAGUGGCUUCACGAUAUAGAUCAUCUAUAUGCAUGUCAUUUCGUAAAUGGUAAUCACUGGGUUGCAUUGGACAUCGACUUGGGGAAGGAGACCAUUACCGUUUAUGACAGCAUUCUGACCUUAGUAGAUGAUAAAGAAAUCCAGAACUUCUGCCGGCCGUUUGCAAAGAUGAUUCCCUCCAUUCUGAGUACUAUGGUCUCCGCCACUGUUCGGAAGAAAAGUGAAAAACAAUUCACUGUACGAAGAUUGAAAAAAGUUCCACAGAAUGACCCCCCAGGAGACUGUGGUGUUUAUACCAUAAAAUACAUUGAAUGUCUUGCGAUUGGUUGCACAUUUGAAGGGUUACGUGAUGAAACCAUUCAGGAUCUUCGACGGAAGCUAGCUGCUGAGAUUUACGACUCUGUUGGAGAACCUCAAAUCACUCAUUUAUUUACUGAUACUGCAAAGUAG